AUGCUUAUAUGGGAACACAAAGAUAAGGUGAUUACAUAUGAAAGUGAUGUUGAUGAAGAUGUUGUUGGUGAUGUAGUUGGUGACCUUAUGCGGCUUUCAUCUUCCUGUGAUGCCUAUCGGUCUCAUAAUGACCCAAAAGGGAAGGCAAAGAUUGUAUUUGGUCACGAGACUGUAUCUCCAAUGGCUAAACCAAAGGGUAAGGUAUCCAGAUCCUUGACAUCCACGUCUCAUAUGCCUUAUGGUACACGUUCUAAGUUUUUGAAAGUUGAUUAUUGUAUGGUCCUUCAGGAAAUCAGCUUUGCUGAAAACAAACAUGCUAAACCAAAGCGUAAGGCAUUCAGUUCCUUGACUUCCAAAGCUCAUGAUGUUGACCGUAAAUGCUCUACAUCGAAAAAGUUCAAGAAAACUGCUGUAAUUGAGUUCACAAAGAAAGCAGGAAGCAGACUGCGUUUACCGACUGAUGUUUCAAGCCAUCUGUGUCUUUCUAUUGACAACUUGCACAAUGUUACAGUUCAGAACGAAAAAUUUAAACUCACUAAGUUGUGCACUAGAGCCGAGAAGUCUGGAAAGGGGUUCAGGUAUGGCUUUAAAAAGUGGCCAGCUUUCUUGAAAUUGAAUCACAUCAUGUUCGGCGCCACUCUUUUCUUUUCGUACGUCAAAUCUUCUCAGCGUUUGAUGUUGACGAAAGUCGUACACAAGAUCACAAAGAAAAGACGUCGUGCCUGAAUGUUGGUUAUUAUGUUUAUGUUAGAUGGUUAAGCAUGAAUAUUAAAUAUGGUUUUUGGUUGGUUUGUUUUGUUACUUGGGGAUAGUACGGAUGGUUGGUUAGUAAACUCUUUUGGUAGUAUGUAUAUGUUGGUUAUAUGCUGAUGAUGUGGUUAGUGUGUUUGAUUUACCUUUUGAACAAAUAGUAAGUAAACAACACUCUAUUGUAUGAAAGUUGAUACUUUAGUCUUAGUGUUCCUG